AUGUCUGGAAAGCAGUCGGGCCAAGGCUCCCAGAGGAAACCAUCCACCAACAAGAACAUCAAGAAGCUCCGCACUAUUAGCGCGGUGUGCAGCCUGACAAGCAGCUGGCAGCAGUGGGUGACUGAGAAUGAGAAAAAGCAGGCCAGUGAACCAAGUGGCUGGUGUCCAUCUUCACUAGAAGAACUAACACCGGCACCCAGAAAGACAUGGGUCCCGAAGAAGCCUCCCCAAACUCAGACCCAGCCAACAGAAACACCCCAGAACCACGUAAUCGACUCUGGAGAGGCUCAAAAGAUACUUGGUCCUGAUGCGAAAAUCCAGGAGGAACCCAAGACCGUAGAGUGCAAGGACUCAACCGAUCAAGAUGUUGCACCCCGCAUCAAGGUUAAACAAGUGGUGAAAACUGUGACAAGUGGAGUUCAGGAGAAAGGUGCCGGCAUUGGGCUCCUCACUGAGAAGAUCAAGAAGGAGACUCUGCCCUCAGACGAGGAGAUCGACCGGCUCCUGAAGAAGAAAAGCUCACCCACACGCCGCAGAAAAUGCUCCAACAUGGUGUCGUCCCUGACCAAAAGCUGGAAGCAGGUGGAGAAAGACCAGAAAACUGGAGGUCAAGGUGAAAAUCUCCACCCUGAGGCAGAGGCGGAGGAGGCGGACCAAGUGGAAGCUGAAACACAGAGGACCAGCAUUUUGAAAGAAGACGCAGAAGAAGAGUCUGAGUCCGCUGAGUCAGCUGUGAAGAUAAAGAGACCCUCAGCUCCACUGUAAGUAUGAAGUAUUUGAAUAUUUAUGUUUACAGGAGGAAAACCCUGUUUACUCAAAGGUUACUCACCGUACUAAUAUACUAAUACAGUCCUAAAACCAGCUGUCAAUGAGGUGGCGAGUGAUGGGAAGAACAGUUCUUUUAACUGUACUGAAUCUUUAGAAUCCGUUUAUUGAAAUGAUUCAUUCAAAAGUUUCGUUCACUGAAUCAGUCAGUGCUUCGGAGCCCUGUCCUGACGGUGCAGUUCAUGAUUGAGUGACACUGCCGCGAGUUUGUUCAUUGAACAAGCCCCUCCCCUUCCCUGCUGCUAAAGUCACAGCAUCGUUCACUGGGUGACACAUGUCAUUCAUUCACCAAGUCCUGAAGGAAGAAUAACUCCCCUUUCCCUGAAAAACUCACCUCUAUAUGUGUUGCCGUCGGCAGAAACAACACAGCAGUAAGCAGCACGCCUGCUAAACGAGCGCGAAAAUGUAGAGAGAUGAAAAAUAAAUAAACAUCACAGUGAUCAAUAGCAUAUUGCUUUAAAUCGGCUGAAAUUAAAUCCUUCUUGCAGGAAAGUGUAUACACGUGUAAUAAUGUAAAGGCACUAUAAUGACCUGUUUUCUCUUAGCCUCAGUGAAUGAACAGGUGCUCGGCAGUUCGUGAACGACGCUACACCCCUCCCUCCUCUGCCUGCCUCGAGUCAUUUGGAAGACGUUCGUUCCGUUUACAGUCUGACUGAUACAUAUCAUUCAUUCGCUGUGAGCAAAUCACGAGACUCCGCCCGCCCGCUCGCUCGCUGACUGGUUGGCUCUGUGAUGUUCGCCAAAGAGUCAAAGGCGGCAGUUCCACUCCCGACCGGCAUGCCAGGCUCACGACUGAACUCAACUGAACUGAGAAAGGAACAAAUCAGAUCUCGGAGUGAUUCCAUUAACGUCGUUCACUCAGCAGUUCCGUUCUUUUGAAUGAAACGUUUAUGAACGACACAACACUAGAGGUGACCGUUUUAACAACAACAAUUUGGUACCUUGCCCUGAUUUAGAUUUAUUUACUAUCUAGAUUAUUAUGGUUACUCAAAAGCAUAAUUUUACUGAGGUCAGAAACCUGUUCAACAUUCCCCCUUUUGGGCUGAAGCACCUCUACCUACACCCUGAUUCCGCCCCAACACUUAAAUCUCUUCUCUUUUAACAGCCUCCUGGUUUCUUUGUGUUUCUAAGUGUUGGAAAAAGGUCAUCAGCUCUUUGAAGACAAAACAAAAAACUGACAUUUACUAAUUUUAGUUCAUGUGUUAGCAGAGUAUCAUAUGUUUCACUUGGUCCAUGAUACUUUCGGACCUUCUUUCACUCUCUCAGAUUCAAAAAAGAAGCAGAGGACGCCAACAAGAUCAAUGCCCUUUCCAAGAAACACAGUGCUGUGGGAAACCUCAAGAGCCGCUGGCAGUCCUGGGCCUCAGAGCACACCAUCAACCAGAAACUCAACCCCUUCAGUGAAUACUUUGACUACGACUACUCUAUGUCGCUGCGUCUCCAGAAGGGCCAAGAGGGAUACGGACGCCCCAAAGAGGGAACCCAGACGGCAGAGAGAGCGAAACGAGCCGAGCAGCAUAUCCACCGCGAGAUAGCCGACAUGUGUUAUGUGAUCAGGACCAUGGCGGAUAGGGACCCAGAUGGAAAGACCCGUGUCACGUUUGGACAGCUGUUUGACAGAUAUGUUCGGAUCUCUGAUAAGGUGGUGGGGAUUCUGAUGAGAGCGAGGAAACACGGGAAGGUGGCGUUUGAAGGAGAGAUGCUUUGGCAGGGCCAGGAUGACGGUGUGAUCAUCACUCUGCUGGUAUGA